UUUUGGUUUUGGAUUCUUGCACGAAAGAGAAGAUGAAGAGAUCCGUUUUGGGUUCUUGCAAAGCUGAAGUUGAAUCAGUGGCGGAUGAGGAAAACCCUUCCCCAAAACUGAGUCAGUGUGAUAUCUGCCUCAAGAUUUUUGGCUGCGGCAAGGCUUUAGGUGGUCACAGAAGAUCCCACUUUAUGAAACAGCAGCAACAAAAGAAGGUAAAGACCCGUUUCACUGAUAAUCACACAUCAAAACCUUCUGGCGAUAAUAACAUUAGGGUUAUCUGUGAUUUUGACGAUGAUGAUGGCAAACACAUUUGUUGUAUUUGCAAGAAGGAAUUUCCCACCAAGAAUGCUUUGUUUGGUCACAUGCGGUCUCAUCCUGAGAGACCAUGGAGGGGUGUGUCCCCUCCUACUCAAAAGAACUCAUCUUCUCCUUCUUCUUCUUACUACUAUUCUCCUUCUUCUUCCUUCAAUUCUGAUUCAAUGGAGAAGAACAAGGACGAUCAUGAUGUUGAUGAUGGUGGCGACCGACUGAUCUCACCUUAUGAACAUCGCAGAAAUGAGAUUGAUCUUUUAAUGUGUACUUCACCCAGCUGGCUUUGUAAAGAUACAAGAGGCAGAAGCUCUAUCGGUGCGUAUCAGGCUGCUGAAACUCUUUUCUACAUGAGUUGUUCUAAGUAUUUUUCUAGUCACGACUGGAAUAGGGUUUUCCCCAAGAAGGAUGAAGUGCCGCCAAAGAGUGCCCCAACCCUAAUCAAGCAGCGCAAAAGGAAGACUUUUGAAUCGUCACCCAGUAAGAAAGAUAAGGUGAAGAAGAUAAAGUUUUUAUUUAAAGGUGAAUUGAAUUGGGGAAGCACGUCUAAUGGGGUUGGGGAAUGUGAUGGUGAGGGUAAUAGGCUGAACAGGUGCAAGGGUUUAUCUGAAUCUGGGGUUGAGCAUAACCAUGAUGAGAAGAAGAUGAAGAGUUUUGAUGAUUUGAAUGGUGAAUCUGUUACCCCAACUAUGCAAGAUCAUGUUGGUCCUUCUGAUGUGAAGAAGAUUAAUAUGGAUAAGAAAGGGAAGAACGGUAAGAAAUUGGUACUGAAUUCAAGGACAAAAGACUCGGAAUCUGAGAAAGCAGCAAGUCAAGAGAAAGCAGAUUGGUAUAAAUGUGCUGCAUGUGGAAAAAGCUUCAAAACUUUCCAAGGCCUAGGAGGACACAGAUCAGUGCACAAAGAGAAGAAUACUGUGAGCAUUGAUGAGCCAAACCCCUCGGAAGCUGUAGCUGAACAAAACAACUCUAGCAGCUCCAGUAACAUGAACAAGAUGGAGGACCCAUUAUUUAAUGAAACAACCUUAGCCGACCAGCCAUGCCAAUCUUCAGGUGUCAAGAAACUGAACUUCGAUCUGAAUGAGCUGCCUUGUGCCAAUGAUGAGGACUGA